UUAUCAAAUGACAUAUAUAUUCUAAUGUUUAUUGAAGAUGUUAGGCAUUUAUUUGUCUCUAUGAAUUCUUAACGACCAAUUUACCUUGCUCCAAUUGUUAUUUCCCUCUGAGGAGCAACUUUAAUUUCCUUGUGUCUGGAAAAGCAAAAAAAAUAGAUGGAUAUAGAAUAUAUAAGAUAGAACGUGGUUGCUAAAUGGGUCAGUUGAUUUUUAAUGUUGUCUUAAAAAGAGCACAUGUUCACCUCAGACACAUAACUUCAAAUGGAACUUAACUAAAAUGACACUUUCCAGUUUUUCAUGUCUGCAGCGAAAAGCAGGAAGUGAGUUGCAAAACACAAAGACACUCUCACAGUCCCUCUUGUGCUGAGGUUAAUGUGGUGAUCAACAUCCACAACCAGCCAUUAGUGUUGAGCAAGACAGGAGACGCACACACACACACACACACACACACAGGCACACACGAUGAUGCCCAGAAGUGUGAAAUAAAAGCUGCCUGCUUGUCAUCGUGCUAGUGUGUGUAUGAGCUGUCUGGAGUCCCAGAGGAAACUCAGUGUGACUGAGGUGUUUCGGGCCUGAAGUGAAGUGGGGCUCUGAAGUUUUGAAAGAGAAGCAGGUACGAGUCUUGCUGUUCUUCUUUUCCUGUUCUCGCUGUGGAGCUUAGAAGUUGAGUUUGAGGCUGCCUUCCCCAUAUCCGUGUCCCAGUCUAUGGCGGCCGACGACUAUAACCCUGUCUCCCUACGACACAAAUCCAAGAAGAAGAGCAGAGGAGGAAAUGGCACAAUGAGCAGGAGACGGAUCUCGGUCAAGGAGCUGGGUCAGCCCGACCACCAGGGCUGGCUGUACAGGAAGAAAGAGAGUAAAGGCUUCCUGGGCAUGAAAUGGAAGAAGUUCUGGUUCGUGCUGAAGAAGACGGCGUUCUACUGGUACAACAACCAGCUGGCAGAGAAAGCCGAGGGCUACAUUGACCUCACCAACUUCAUGAUUGACAGAGCCAUAGAGUGCAAGAAGAAACAUGCGUUCAAAGCCUGUCACCCACAGGUCAUGAUGUUUUAUUUUGCUGCCGAGAGCCACGAGGAGAUGAACUUAUGGCUGAAUAAGCUUGGGUUAGCCUCCAUUAAGUACGAGCCCACAGAACAAAACCCCGCGGCCGAGUGUUACAGUGAGGCCAGUGACCAUGAAGAGGCUGAAAGCACAGAGAUCCCCCCUCCACCAUACUCUGAACAGACGCUGCGGAGCUCUGUGGAGGCCCCCGCCCCGCCCGGCAGCACACAUCAGGGCACCCUCCCUCCCCCUUACUCCUCCGCGGCCCCCAGCGAGACCAACUGUUCGCUCUCGUCGCCCGUCAGCACGAUGACGUCGCAGAGCUCCGCCUCCUCGCUCGCCAAGCACCGGCAGUCCUGGCUGGACCUGGUGUCGCAGGCGUCUCCUCCCGCGGGGGAAGCGGCCGGGGUGUGCUCGGCUCAGGUACACUCGCAGCAGCAGCCUUCGCGCGAGGAGGCAGAGGGGCAGGGGGAGGAGGUGAAGGGCGGCCCUCAGGUGAUGGAGAGCUCGGUUCACAGGGGCCCUCCAGAUGUGGCGGCUAAGGAGGAAAACACUGCAGCGGGGGUGGAAUCACAGAAGGAGGAUUCAGGGGAUCAUGGGAACGGCUCCGAUGAGAUGGAGAGGCUGUACAUUCAUCUCAAACAGGCCAGCCUGUCGCCAAUAGGAGAUCGAAAGCCCUCGACUAAAAGGGAAUUCAGGGCCUCCUUCGUAAAACGCUGUAAAAACCAUACUAUCAACGAUAAACUGCAUCUUAUCAGGACACUCAACAGCACGUUAAAGUCGAAGGAAGCAGACCUACAGGUAAUCGAGCAGGUGCUUACGGAGCAGGAGCUCACAUCGCACAAGUUCAGAGAGUGGAAGGAGGCCAACGGGACCUUGGUGCAGGAGAUCUGCGUGAAACUGAACCAACAGGUGGCGCCACAGGCCAGGAAAGCUGCGGCAACAGUCAGUGCUGCUCCAGUGGUGGAGACGAGUUUAUAAGAGAUUCCUCAUUUCUACUGUAUCCAGACUUAAGCAGACACACGCACACACACUGAUGUUUUCAAUUGAGACUACUGUUCCAUAUCAGCCGACUGUCAAUCGGAUCAAUGAAGAAAAGUGUUUCUAGUUUUUAACUGGAGACAAUAAAUGAGCAUCAGUUCACAGUGAAAAGUGUUUUAUGUCUUACUUUUAUCUUUUGACUUGUGAGAUUAGGUAAUUUCACCGGCGACUGUUUUUAAAAUGUAAAAUCUGUGAACCUAUGCAUACGUUGUUUUUAAUAUUUGGAAUAAUGGAGGACGUUGAAAUAAUGGAUCCGUUGUUCUCUACUUUACAAACUGAGCUCCUCCUUUUCAGUAGGAAACCCUAAACAAUGAAGAAUCCCACCGUUAAUGACCAACAAAACAUUGACAGUAAUAUAUAAACAAUGUGAUAAAGACUUAAUGACUAACAAAGGAUUAGAUUUGAGCCAGGAAACAUAGGAUACAUGGUGGAUAAUUCUAAGGAAAAAAAUGCUGAAAUUGUUUAAAAUACUCGGCUUGGGCCAACAAACCCAAACCAUAUAUAGUUCCAGCUAAGCAGAGAAUUAGGAGGUCGUCCAGUAACGGGCAUUAUGUGACUAGCCACAGCUCCACAGAGCAACUGGUUCAGGAAGCACCGACCAAGCCAAGUUCCCUGGCAGGAGCGAAAACCAAGCCCCAGGCACAAGAGACGCAUUUUUCUGAAUAAAGUUUCAUCUGUCGUGCAUAUUGAACAUUAACUGAGUGUAAAUAGUUGUAAAUGGAUGUUCAUUGUUUUUGAUAUGUGUUCUGGAAUGAAAGUCAGUGUGAUUGUUUGUAUAUAGGGAAAUAAACUGUUACGAAAGUGAA